AUGGACAACGCAGAUUUGGAAAAGCUGUCCAUUUCUCCAGGCAAAAUAACACCGAAAUUUCAUCCUAACACCACUGAAUACUCAGUAACUCUUGGAAGCGAUGUCAAGCAAAUUAAGAUUGAUCCACUGACAAGUGAUUCAGGCGCUUCUUACUCUAUUCGUGUAAGUAAACUGUGACACUUAGCCUUCCCACCAAUUUGAUCAAUUUCUACCUCCUGCAAACGACAUUUUUUUACUCGCUACAGUGUUUCUUUUGCUUUUUCAGGGAAGUGGUGGUGGAAAAACAGUUCCCCUGAAAGAGGGAGAAGUUACUUCGGUAAAAAUAGAAGUUACAGCUGAAGAUGGUAGCACGAAUAAAAAUUAUUUCGUUCACGUUACACGACUGUCUGCAAGUGAUGCCUCGCUGACUGACCUCAAACUGUCAGUCUCUGCGAACUUGUGUCCAGAUUUCGCCUCUAGCAUCAAGAAUUAUUCAACCAGCGUCCCGUUUAGUUGUUCUUCUGUCGAGGUAACGCCUAUUUUUGCCGACAAAAAGACUGUUGUGAAAGUCAACGGUGUGGAUUCUAAAGAACCUGUUGCUUUGAACUAUGGAGAGACAAUCGUUGAAAUUGAGGUGACUUCGCCUGACACUAGUAACAAGCAGCUCUACACACUGUCAAUAUCCCGUUUGAAACUUCUGUGGCCUAUAAAAUUCGCGGACGAAAAGGAGAAAUCGAAAUUUGAAUGCCCAGUUUGUUUAGCCGUUCUUUAUCAGCCUAAAUCAAUAAAAAACAGUGACCCGAAGCAUGUGUUUUGUAAGAGCUGCAUCGAUGAACUGACUCGAACAUCAAAACAAGACCCCUUAGACGGCUCUGCCCUGUCCGAUGAAUGGCGUGUUGAUGAGUUCGAACUGGACAAGGAGCUCUCUUCUCAAACAGUAGUUUGCAUUUACAAGCAUUGGGGAUGUUGUGAGACAAUUAAAUUACGUGACCUUGGUCCACACGUGAAGCAGUGUGAAUUCAGACCAGCUGUGGUGGAGAAGUCAGGGGAGCUAGUCCCAGCUAAAGAAUUGGAUGAGAAAACAAAAGUAGGAUGUUGAAUAAAAGCAGGCUGCAAUUGUUCAAAAGUUGUACAGCUCUAUCCAUGUGAUACAAUAAAUUUAUCACUAUCCAGAGGGUAGUUAAGGUUAUUAGGAGAACCAAUUUAAUUUUCACUGGAUAAAGAUUUAUCUAGUGGAUAAUGCUAUCCACGUUUUGAACAACUAAGCACUAGCCCUGGUUGGUCAAAAAGAGGAUAGGGCUACAUGUAUCUGUUGUGACUCAAUUUUAUCCUUGGUUUAAAUUUUAUUUCCCUUUGCUUUAAACUCAUUACCACAUACAUUACCAUACCCCCAAAUAAAGGGAAAUAACAUUUAAACCAAGGAUAAAAUAAUGAACUGCAACAUAAGUCCAUUGGAUAAACCACUAUCCAGCAGAAAAAUAUUAGGAAAACCAACUGCGUUAUUCACUGGCUAGAGAUUUAUCCACCUUUAGAGCAUGUGGCGCCUAGUGGAUAGUGUUAUUCAAGUUUUGAACAGCUGGGGCCAGUGUUGCAUGUUAGAAGUGCACCUGCCAGGAGGGUCCUCAAUACAGUUUUCAUUCCCUGUAAUCCCAACCAAAAUUCUCCCACACUCUUGAAAUUCUGACUAUUGUCAUCAGGUAAUCCUAAUUACUAACAUACAUUCUGAAAAGUGCCUUAUGUACAGGCUAUUCCCUCAUUUUAGGGGAAUCAUUUAUUGGCAGUAACAUGCAGUGGUAUAGGGUGUUGAGGUUGGAAUAUUCACAUGCCAGGGUUGAGGGAUGUCUGUUAAGUUAAACUAAAUGGGUUUUUCCAACAUUUGACAAAAUGAAGAAGACUUUUUCUUAUCAGAAAUUGCUUCAUUUGAACAACAUUGUAAAAUUGCCUUAUCCCACAUAUUGAUGAUUAUGAUCACCCCAAAUCUCACGUCUCAUUUCCUCUUAAAUCCCCAAUCCUAACCUUCUAAUAAGGCAUAUCCUAGACCCUAAAAUAAACAAUUGGGGAAUCUAUCACAGGACUGGGAAUAUUGAGCUGAUCUUCUGAACCUUUUUGAUUAAUCUUUCAUUGAUCAGUCGUAAAAAGUAUCGAUAAACAGAAUUAUUGGAAAAAUAAAUUCAACACCAGCAUUAUCACUAGGACAUUAAAUUUAGAAAUUUUUUUACUGAUUUUACCCUACUCUCUCCUGGUUUCUGCCCUGCAUGUGUACCAAUCCCUUUUCUAUGCCCUGUCAUUCAUGGCUUAAAGUUGAUUAAGUGAAUAAUUUGUAUAGGUAGUAGCAUGAUUAGUAGUGAUAUUUGGCAUAAAUACCAUGAGUGAUAUUUCACAAUUGUUAUACGUAAUUUCAUGAGCCGUUAGGCAAGUGAAACUUGAGACAAGUUUGAAAUAUCAUGAGUGGUAUUUAUGCCAAAAUAUAAAUCAUGCUAUUAUUUGUUUAUACUACUACCCGCAAAAGGUUGUAUUUUUCACAUGUAGGUAUUUCAAAUUAAGCUGAAAUACCACUGCUCUAAGCCAAUCAAAUUGCAGAAAUUUCUCAUGUAGUAGUAUAAUUCUAAUUAUUAGAAUGGUUACAUUAUGUUUUACAGGAUGCAUGUAAAGGUUGCAAAGACUGUAACCGGCCAGUCAGAACAGCUGAGCUUGAAGAGCAUAAGAACUUUAUGUGUACAACUAAACAUCCCAACACAGUAGCUAAGCAUAAGGCUGAAAUCAGAGCCUGGGAAAAAAAGUUACAGCAAGAUACAAGUGAAAAAUCCAUCAACAAAAUGACUCUUACCGCAAAUGAGCAGGCCGAAGAAUGCUUCAAGGUUCUGCCUCAACAUGGUAAGUUCAGCUGAAGGGCAGUGUAAGUACCUUGUGGUACAAAUAAAGUGAAGGGGUGUGGUUGAAGCUCGGUAACCAAAGUGGAUACUAUAAAUAUAGUUAUUUUCUUCCCCUUCUACAUUUUGUUUACCAGUACAACUGCUGCAUGUACCUCCUUAUUAUAAAUUAAAAGAAAGUUGGUCCAUUUCGACCAUAUCAGAAUCUAUUUUACCUACAACGUAUACACAAGAAGGUGUGAAAUAUUUUGUCUUGUUCUUUUUUAAAACAAACCCCUGUUGUUAUUAUAUACAGGUAAUGCAGGUCAUUUUGAUGGAGAGGUUUCACCGUUGAGGUAUCUUGAGAUGGCUGCUGAGUGGUUUGCAACAGCCAUCAAACUGUCACCCAAAACAGCUGAACUACACUUUCAGCUUGGACAGGUUUUUGAGGAACAACAUUAUGUGCAGGAUGUGUAUGGGAUAAAACCUUCUGUAAGUUCAGCAUUGUUUAUUUAACUUUCUUGUCCAGUGUCAGUAAGAAAGACAUGAAGGGUGUUGCAAAGGUGUCCUCUAAGGUCUCCGGAUUACAGCUGUAGUAGCACAACCUCUCAAAAUCUAGUGUAUUGGUCAUCAUGAAGAGUAGAACAAUUUGACUGGGAUGACUUAGAUGGCUGGGAUGAUUGAGUUGAAUAGGAUGACCAGAAUAACUGGGAUGCCUCGGAUGUGGACAGAGAUGAUGGAAAUGACUAGGAUGACUGGGACGACUAAAAUGACAAAGAUGACUGGGGACAACUGAUUAACUGGGAUGACUAGGUUGACUGGAUGACUAGGAUGUCUGGGAUGAUUGGGAAGACUAGGAUGACUGGGAUGGGUAGAUUGACUGUGAUAACUAGGAUGAAAGUGGAUGACUGGGACUGAGAUGACUAGGAUGACUGGGAUGGGUAGAUUGACUGUGAUAACUAGGAUGAAAGUGGAUGACUGGGACUGAGAUGACUAUGAUGAUGAGGAUGAAUGGGAUAACAGAGAUAUCUAGGAUGGCUGGGAUGACUAAGAUGACUAGGAUAACUGGGAUGGCUCAGGGAUGACUGUGAUGAUUAGGAUGACUUGGAUGACUUGCAGGACUGGAAUGAGUUGGGAUGACUGGGACCAAUAAACUGACGGGGAAGACUAGGAUGACUGUAAUGACUUGGAUGACUGGGAUUACUAUGAUGUCUGAGAUGACUGGGUUGACAGGGAUAACUUUUUUACUAGGAUUUAUGGGAUAACUGGGAAGACUGGGAUGGAUAAAGUGACUGCUGUGACUAGGAUGACAGGGGAUGACUGGGAAUACUGAGAUGACUAGGAUUACUGGGAUAUCUGGAUUGGCUUGGAUGUUUAAGAUCACUGGGAUGACUUGGAUGACUGGAAUGACUAAGAUGACUGGGAUAGCUAGGAUGACUGGGAUGUCUUAAAUGAAUAGGAUAACUUGAUGACUGGGAUUACCAGGGUGAGGAUAACGUGGAUGACUGAGAUGACUAUGAUGACUGGGAUAAGUAGAAUGACUGGGAUGACCAGGCUGACUGGGAGGACUGGGAUGACUAGGAUGACUAGGGUUACUGAUCGACUGUGUCAAUGUUGAUCACUGGAAUUAUUGACCAUGGUGAUUGGGUUAUCUGGGAUGACUUGGUUGAUGAGGCUGAGUAGGAUGAGUGGGGUGACUGGGAUUAAUGCAAUGACUGACUGGGAUGACUGGGAUGGAAAGGGUCGACUUAGAAGGCUAGGAUGGCCUGGUCACUAAGAAAAUGGUGUGUACCUCAGGAUAAGUUGUGGCUACACCCUUCAAAUUAUAUAAUGUUGUAAUGAGAGGAGCUCCUCCACAUUGACCUUUCAGCAAAUUAAUAUUAUUAUUUGCCUGAAGGCUGGCAUUGACAGAAGGGAAAGCAAAGUUUGUUGACUUCAAUAUUAAAGAGAAUACAUUAACCAGCGUGCAAAGAAAGUAGUGUCCAAUAGCCCGGGGCUGGUGGAUUUUGCUAUCGGGCUAGUGAGUUCUGUUUUUAACUUGCCCGACAGGCAAGUGAUGUCUUUUGAGGAAUUCGAAUAACAUCAAGAACUGUGAUAUCAAUUCUGCUGGUCAAAAAGUUUUUAGGGCUAGCUUCAGCUUGCCCAAAUGGCAAGCUGUAAAAUGAUUUUCUUUGCACCCUGAUUAAAUUUGGGCUUGCUCUUUGCUCUAUUCCUAUCUUUGUUUCAACCCACUAGCACCGUAGUUCUACAGUGUAACUUUUGAGUCUGUUGACUCAUCAACUACACUGUAAGUCUGUUGAUUGUGAGGUGAAUUGUCCACCCUAAAGGCAAUGAAGAUUUGUCUCCUAAACGUCUGACCCUUCAUGUGGUUCUUUUUGUCUCGUAACAAUUGGCCUCCUGUUCUAAAAUAGUGGUAUCAUUCAAAAUGUUAGCUUAUAGCAAGUUCCUGCAGAUCAAGAUUAGUGAAUUGCUUGAAUUUUUUUCUGCCAGAAAUUCUUGGAUGAUGAAGAAAUGGAUUUUAAUAUGAAAUCCAAAGAGAGCUCAAAGGAAGAUGAUAUUCAAGCCAUCUGUGAGAUGCGUGGUGCUGGACGGAAUGCCCCUCUAGCCCUUCAGCUGAAGGCAAUCGAUGAGGAAUAUCACUAUCUUUUGGACCAAGGACAGUCUGACAGGGCGGAUUAUGUUCAAAAGUUGUAUGCAUGGAAAUCAAAACAGGCUACCCAGGUAAGGAGGGUUACUUUAGUCUGCGUUACAGUCCAAUGUUCCUUAACGAACACUCGUUAAGUGGGCAGUACUUUUAGUUGCCUUAACAAAACUUUGUUUGAACUCCCUGGUUUGGAAACAGUUAGUAUGGCGAAACAACCAAAUUUCCUCCAAAACCAUUCCCCAUACGUCAGGGGCACCCAACGAGAAUAUAGUUCAAAACCACUUAAACGUAGCAUUGUUAAACGUAUUUUAGUAUUUAAACGGUAGAUAUAGGCAUAUUUUUAUCCCCUAAAAUUUUUCAUCUGUUCGGAUUUCCUAGCUGAAAGUCUAGUGAUCCGAAAAUUACAGGGAUCAAAACUUACCUUUUCGAAAAUUUGAGCCAGAAAAAAGGCUCCCGAAAAUUCUAGGUGACGUUUGUAGGGUAAAAAUCCGUUAAAAAUGGGCAAUUAGAUGUUCGAACAUUCUAGGAGAGGCAGGCAAGUAAGAAAUUUUACAACAAAUGUUCCGAAAAUUCUAGAUCUCAAAUCGUCUUCAGAACAGAUAUUUUCCGAACAUUGACGUUGGCUCAAUCCAGUUCCAUGACAAAAAAAAACAAGGUUAAAUGAAAUGUUAUCCAAAAAAAUCAAAGUUACCUUGACCUUGAUUAUUCCAGAUACCAUAAAUAAUAAAUCUGUGUGCUGUUUAUUAUAAAAAGUGUUGCUGACAAAUUAUAAGAGAAACUAGAUUUGAACUGUUGUCAAAAUGAUAUUUCCAGGUUUUUACUGACGGUGAGAUCUUAACUGUCUCCAGAAUAAAACAGCUCAAAAGGCCACCAAUGAAGAGGAGCCUCUUGGAAAAGCAUACAUGAAGUAUUUAGAUGCUCUUUCUAAUGCAGCAGAUAACCAUCUGUACAACUUGCAUGUUGGCAGAAUGCUUCUUUUACAAAAUAAACCAGAGGAUGCUGUAACAUGCCUUCAGGUCGCUGUGGGAUUGAAACCAACCAGUGUUGAUGCCAGGUCAAUUUGUAAUGUAUUUGCUGAAUUUUGAGCUGCUCACUGAUGUUUUCCUUGGGUGUUGAAUUCUUUGCGGUAUAAAGCAUUUCAAUUUUCAAAAUUUUGCUGGGGGUUACAUAAAAUCUUAUGAAUGCUACAUUGUGGUUUCGCCUGAGACUAGCUGAGACCAGAGUGUUAGCUUGUAGUAUGGUGCUUGAUCUCGCAUCAUUAAAGCACUUGAAGUUAGAGUGGUCUUCACCUGGGUGUAGGUACCCUUAAGAAAAGAUUGUUAAGUCCUAAAUUUUCGUUCUCAGCUAGAAACAUGGCAGAGUUAAUCGUUAACAGUUAGGUUAUUUUGUAUUUUGUUUAAUAUCCCCCACAUGUGAUUUUGUGUUUGCAGAUUUUAUCUUGGACUGGCUCUUUGUCAGCAAAAAGAUGGACCUGGGAAACGAGAAUCGGAAGCAAUCAAAUAUUUGUCUGAAGGAGUACAACACCUGCUGAUUCAAAUGACUGCUGAUUCAGAUAAACCAGGCUUUGAUCCCGAAAAAUGGCAACAAACGACUCUGUCUUCAAACAACUUGAUGAGACCUGACAAUGUUCAGGUGCUGCAAGGGUGUGCUUUGCUCGGAAGUGCAUGUAAAGGAAUGUCAACGUUGCCAACUGGCAUAAUGUCUGCACAAGAUUCCCUGCACUUGUCAGUCAAAUUUUCUUCAUAUGUACUGUCGCAUCUUGUUGCUAGGGGAGACACCUACCACCAAACUGAGUGGGUUCUUUAUGAGGCUCAUUUUCAGCUGCUGCAAAUGAUGCUUGAGGCAGCAAAGAACAAAGAGACUGGAAAAAGUGAUGUCAUUUCGCGCUUCUGCGAGAAUUUGUCUGGGUUGCUUAACUGUUCAAAUAUUCCACCUGGAAAACAAAUUCUAGAAUUACAAGAAAAGGUGAGCACACCCCCAAGGGAGGGAGGGAGGUGGGAGGGGGUAUCUGCUGUAAAUAGUUCAAGUGUCCGUUUAUAUUGGUAGUUUUUUCCCCGUAAAAAUAUGGCCAUUAAUUCGCCUUGCCGAUGAGUGAAAUGAUGGUGAAAGAGUAGGUUAGUUGGAUAAAGAAGAGAUGAUUGGACUUCAAAAGUUAAUAUUGCCAAAAGGCAACAUUCAGAGGGGAACCUUUACGCUGUGACUGGUUUCUUUUUUUUCUUUCUUGUUGUGUAGUCUUGUUCAUGGCUUUACCACUUAUUUUAGUUAUUUUAUUGUACAGUUUACUCUUUGCAUUCACAGACCUGCCAGCAAGCUGUUGUUCUCCAGCCAUGCAACAGUCGGGCUCUUUAUCGUUUGGGCGAUGCGCAAUUACGUUGCCAUGACAAUGAUGACCCUAAUUCAAGCGGAGCUAAACAGAUCCUUCAAGAUGCGGAGCUAAGUUAUCGUGCCAGUAUUGAAGAAGAAGGGAAGCCGUCCGCGGGCAUGGAGCCUUCGUCCAAGCUCACGGAACAGCAGUGGCACAAGGAGCGCAUGAAAAAACAAGAAGCAGAAAAGAAAAAAGUUGCAGCUAAAACUCCCCAGAAGGCUGAUGCUGCAUCGGCUGGUAAGGGAGCUUUGCCAGCUGGAAGAGGGGGUACACAAGCGGCAAGAGGUACAGUGCGAACACCUGUGAAAGGUCAUUUAGUAGAAAAGAGGGUUGUGAGGCAGAAUCAUAAUAUCCACUACUACUCACGCUUACAUGUACAAUCCAGUUAGAGCUGUACUUAGCCAAGUUCAAUUUUAAUUGACAAUAAAGUAUUCAAUUUAAUUCUUACGAUAUUCACCAGACUCAAUAAUGCACUGAACAGCACCAAAUUAACAGUAUCAAUAACUUUUGCCUCGCGCGAGGUGUCCCCCUGUAUAUUCUAUUCUUUAUAGACCUCUCUCAGUUACUUUAAUACUUUCUUCAUGUCCUUUUUUCUCCCUGCUAGACGAGCAAAAUACAGCCUGAGAGUGAAUUGUAUUCUGAGCCUGGGGAGGUUGUAUUAAUUUUUUGUUCUAGCUGGGAGUUUUCGUUAUCGUGCACGGCAUCAGCCGUAAUGGAGGCUUCUCUCGCCAUUUGUAUUCAAUUCCACAUCUUCUGGACUUUUAUUUCAGGAAAUUCUAUUCAACUUAUUGGCACAUGUGCUUUAAUUUUCAGGUCGUGGUGGAGCAGCAGCAAGAGGCAGAGGCAGUACUCCACCAUCCCGUGGUGCAUCAACUACCGCAGCUAAAGCAGCGGCUGGAGGAGCACGAGGCAGAACGUCACCUACAAAGCCCGCUGGAGCAACAGCAAGAGGUGGUACGAGAGGAGGUAGUACAGCAGCUACCGGAAGAACCACAGGUAUUGUGUUGGCCCAGCUGGUUGGGUAGCUGACAAAGUGUAGCCUCUGUUUUACAUCUAGGAAUGGUUCGACCUUUGUUUCCUCUCGGAUAAGGAUAGUUGCAGUAACAAUAACAAUAACAAUACUUUAUUCAGGCAGGGUUUGAGCUAGGAUUUGAUCACUAGGGGACAAUUUGUCCCCUUGGCUGAAAUUUUGCGGGAUAUUUUCAUUUUUAGGGGGACAGAAAUUUGUACACCCUUCUGCUGAUGCAAAGGGGUUUGUCUUCUUAGCAGGGCUUCUGACAGGUCUCGGAAGAAAAAGUCAAAUUUCACGGGAUUUUAGGGACAAAUUCGCGGAAAAAUCUGCCGAUUUCGCGGGAGUUUUCGGGGCAAACUUCACUGAAAAGCAAUCAGUAAAAAAGGCCGAUUUUGUGGUUACUUUCAAGGCAAAUUUCGCUAGAAAUCAAGCGGUUUUGCGCUGAUCAGACCAGCCUUUUUAACGUUUUUUCUAACAGAGGUCAUCAUUUGCUCUUUCAACAACAAUACACUCCAGAAAUGAACCAAUGGCAAAGCCUUUAACAUCAUGGCUAAUGCCCAGUUUUUCGCAACAUAAUCUGUUUGCACGUUUCAGUGACGAAGUUCCAAGAUAAAUUUGCAAGUUUACGGCAAGUAAAUAGCCCCUAUAGCUGAAAUAACUUUCAAAUAUGUUGUACAGACAUGUAUUUGAUAAGAUUUCUACCGAAUUUCGCGGUAUUUUAUAAAAUAUACAAUUCUGUUUCAGCUUGCAAUUUCUGUACUGAAAUAAAACUCUUCGUUUUUUCGUGUUUUUUCCCUAAAUUUUGGGGAUAAAUUGUCCCCUUGGCCGUUUUUAACAAAACGAAUUUCCAGUGGCUCGAAACCCUGAUUCAGGGGAUAACAAAACAAAACGAAUUUCCUCUCGAAAGGAAAAAUCUUGAGGUUAGCCCCAUAUGAAUGACUCCCUAAAGUAACAUAGAAAAAUGUAAAAUCAAAAAACUAGAAUCUAAAACAUUAUUUACAUAUCAUAGUCGUAACCAUUUAAAACCGUUCGCCUUGUCUCGAAGCACUUUCGCUUUCUGUAGUUUAGAACUUCUCGCGUUGCUCAAGGCACGGAGAGAAAUAAUUCCUUCCAAAUGGCGUGCUAGCAGUUGCCAUAGGUGGGAGCCUAUGUCAUUCUAGUGGCAGAGGAUAUGAUGGUGAACGUUUUUUUUGUUGUUGUUGUAGCCCCAUCAUCAAAGUCAUCAACGGCUUCAGUUUCGAGGCAUAAAUCAGGUGCGUGUUCUCCGGCGAAGCAACCAGCUUCAACGAAGUCAUCAACACAGACAAAAACAGACACAAAGAAACCAGCCACUCCGACUCCAGUCACUCCUGCACAGCCCAGCCCUGCAACUGAGCCUGCGCAGAAGCCAAGUGGACCACCUAACAAGCCUUCCUUCCAGGCCCGACUUGGAUUGGCGCGAGUUUUAAUGCGCAAAGGCGGCGAAAGUAUCAGUGAAGCCCACAAACUGUACGAAGAAGUGAUAACAAUGGCGCCUGCUGUCCAUGAUGCAUACAUCGAAUUAGCUGACUCCUUGGUCAAGGCAGACCCAAUGAAGGCUGUGGACGUUUAUAGCAAGUACCCCUUUCAGGUGAGAAUUACGCAGUUAUUAUGUUUUAUUAUAUAUUUGCUGCAAGUGAUUUAUUGCUGUUGUUCAUGUCACCAUGUUAACAGUGUUUCUAAUAAUGGUCUUUCAAAGGUUUCCUGUUAGUAAAUAUAGUAACGUGCUGUGGUGUCCUUAUUUUUCGAGUCAUGUUGUUUUUGGCUUGAAAAACUGGACGUUCGUAAACUGGGGUUGAAUCCAUAGCACCUGCAAUGCGUGCCUUAGGAAGAGAAGUAAAUUUCACAAGGUUCGGAAAAUCGAUGGUUUAAAAAACCAAGUUUUUCACACUAACACUUACACCAUGGUUCGUACAAUCGUGAAAUGGUCUUGAAUUUUACUAGUCGUCUUGAAAUGUCCUUAAAUUCAGUUAAGGUCCUCGAAAAGUGCUUGAUUUCUUUAUUAGGUAGUGAAAAGUCCUUGAAAUUCACUACCCUGUCUACGCAAACCAUUCUUUUCUGUAAAAUAAGAUUAAUUUGGCGAGGAAACUUUGGCUCAUCCUCGUUGUAAGAACUUGUAAACCUCACGGGUAACGUAAAACAUAUUUGUGCUUGAACAAUAUUUUAUUUCUAGUUAUAUAUUCCAAAUGCUAUUCUUUACCUCAGAUGCAAUUGCAAGUCAUACCCAGUCAUUUUUGCAAAGUGUUGUUGCGGAAAGUAGUAUAAAAUAUAGUCCUUGAAAACUGUAAUUUGUCCUUGAAAUAUCCUUGAAAAGUCCUUGAAAUUUGUUUGUCUGAAGUUGUACGAACCAUGUUAAACAUAAGUAAACGUGUUAAAGUCAUUUACGCAGUCCUGAACAAACACCUCUAACGGUUUAGAUCUUGGCUCUUUUGAGGCUGUUUGAGGCCCGAUGUACUACAGCUACAUAGUGGUUAUAGCGAAAAUUGACGCUUUGUGAAAGUUCACGUCUUCUUCAUGCGAUUCCUGAAAGGUGAUCUAGAAAUAGAAUUUGAAACAUUUUACAUUUUUAACGGCCUUAGUGGAACAUGCGAAAGACUGAAGAAAUGUGUUGUCUUAAAUUUGCACAAACAGCAUUUUCCCAUCAGACUUUGCUAUCUUACUAGACACAUAGUUCUACUGUGGAGUUGUAACGUCCUAGUAUAUGUACGUUCUUAGCCAAGUUGAUUAAGGAAAGGUGACUUUACCAGUUAAAGCGGUUUUAAAAGAGGAAUUGAUUACCAGUUUGACAAAUCCACGUGCUUCCAAGAAUCGGGAUCUCUAAGAGUCAUUUACGGGCUGCACUGAAAAUGUCAAAGGCCCCAACCCCGAUCUACCCCGAUUGAGGGCGAGGCCGUGAACACUUUGAACUUCGGAUCUUUUGGCCCGGUUCGAGCCUUCCGAUCGCUUUGUUUCCAGAAUUUUUUUUCUCCGCUUUGUCUCCCUUUACCCAGGUGUAUAAAUAGGUAUACCAGCGACAUACCGCGGGGGCUAACCCUGCGAUGGACUAACAUCCCAUCCAGGGGGAGUAGCAAUGCUCCUAAGCGCUCCGUGCUAGAGAAACCUGGAUAAGAGCCGGCGUGUGGGUCGCAUGGCUCGUGUUCGCGUUUACCUCACCUCCUCCCCACCUCCACUGACAAACACAGUUGUUACUCCCUCCCUUCUUUUGACCCAAAACACAAUUAUUGCCCAAGGCACAAACUACAUCAUUAUGGUUAUUAUAGGAGCCGUUAACAUUUGACGAUGCUUACAUCCACGGUGAAAUGGUUCGCUUAUUAAUGAAGAACGAAAAGUAUGAUGAUCCUCGGCUGGGGCCCAGCAUGAUUUCACUCGGAAAGGUGAUGGGGCUCACGGUAUUGGAGAAAUACGUGGAUACCUUAGACAAGACCUUCAAGUACAGCAAAUUGCUCAUGCAAAUAUAUGCUGGCGUUCAUGGAAAGAGUCCAGAUGAUCAGGAUUUACAGCAGUUUUUCAAGUUCAAGUGCUGGAUUUAAAGUGCAUUGUGCAGUGCAUGUUGUAAUGGUAGGAUAUCCAAUAUCCAAGUAACAUAAUAAAAACAACACAAGACUGUGUUUGAGGAAAGUGACAUAGUUACAUGAUCCAGUCUUGUCAGCAAUGUCUUGACUGUUUGGUUUUAAUCAUUUACAUGGAAAUGUCUGACCCCUUUUGGCAUCGUCAAGUUGGCGAAGUGCACAAUUGUUUUUAUACAGUUUUUAGUGCAUAUGUAAUGGCCAUCAGUGUGCGGGCUUCAGUGGUUCAUUUGUGUUGUGACAAGUACCUUUUGUAGUUCUCUUUUGGUAGUUGUUGGAUAUUGUUUCAUUUGAGACAAAUCUCGAUCCUACCCCAUCCUUCCAUAAGCAAAUAUUACACAUGUUUUAUAAUUUGACUUAAAAGACUCGAUUGGCUUUCUUACAGUUAGCCUGUCCUAGGCAGAUAUUGGGGAAGGUGCAAAGAGAAGCGAGGAGGAAAAACAGUAGCUUGAUUACA